GCUCGUCAGUCUUCUAUCCUGUGGUUGGGAGUUAGACGGAAACAUUUUGCAUUCGAUACAUAGUCAACGUACCUUGUAUUAUAUCCAAUGCAACAACAAGGGAAAAAUAUACGAAAAUGGUUUCACCUUUUCGUCUUCGUCUGUGGAUUGAUUGCGCAUCCUUCUGAAUCUAUAACACCCGAAGUCGAACAACUUAUCCGAUCGUGGUCUCCUUUGAUUUGGCUCCACAGCGAAGAAAGUUUUCUACCUAGCACAGUGGAGUUUUUUUUGCCCGAAGUUACAAUUCAAGAUGAAGAAGGUACAAUUAUCCAAGACUAUGUAACCCCCGAAACUCUGAUUGGCGGAGAAAACAGCUCAGUGUUACACAUGCAAACACGCGAACCUUUGGAUUGCCCCGCUUGUUACAACCUGGAUGUAUUUUUCGGCCAGUCGAUCGAGAUGGGAGGCGUGCCUGUCUACACAAUCUACCGCGAAUACGACGAUGCAUUUAAUACCCUCGAUGUCUCUUAUUUCGCGUUUUACCCGUAUAAUCGUGGAAAGGAUGCGUGUGUAGGUGUCCCAGUUAACGGAAGUUGUGUAGGAGCAGAGAAAAAUCUUGGAAAUCACGUGGGCGACUGGGAACACAAUGCUCUGCGUUUUAGAAAUGGGAAGCCGUAUAUGAUUCACCUUAACGUUCAUAGCUUCGGUGCUUAUUAUACUUGGAAUGAAACUACAAACAAUUUUCAGUUCUUUGUUGGGGAGGAAGUUCGAGCUGCGGUUGGUCGGGAUUACAAUGACGAACCUUCUGAAAUGGAAGGAAGGUAUGAACCACAGUAUCCGCAAACAGUUGAACUUAUUGGAACUCAUCCCGUUGUGUACAGUGCUAAUGGUUCACACGGUCUCUGGGGAUCAGCAGAUGUACACACUUACGUCCCUGGCCUGCCUCUUCAGGAUUUCACAGACGAAGGAAUGGCUUGGACAACGUGGGAUAACCUUAUUAUAAUUCCAUGGUUGCCCAGCAAUAUAAGCUAUGAAGGAAAUUUAAAUUGGUUAAAUUUCCUCGGGGACUGGGGUAACAGCGCAGAAGGGUGUGAAUACGAAAUCGUGACUGGUGAAUGUGAACUUGGCUCGGGGCCAAGUGGUCCGAGAAGCAAAGUAGAUUUCCCAGAUCCGGAGCCUAAAACUUCUAUGCAAAACUACUGAUGGUUACAACAGAGAUUUUGAAACAGAAACUUCCUUUACACGAAGC